AUCCUGUUACAUGGAGAGUUGCCAGUUCUGACUUCUGAUAUUAGACCUUGUUUACACACUGCAGCUUUGUUUUUCAGAAUACUAUAACAAGCGAGGUUUCCUGGAUUUAUAUAAAGAACUGAGAGACCUUUUUCAGGGGCUUGGCAAAACCUAGAUCUUAUUAUGGAGUCUCUGUCUCCGACCAGAGCAACACUGUUUCUGGCAGUGACUGGCCUUGGGGCUGCUGUGCUAGUCAGCUGGUUCUUUCUAACUAAGCGGAGAAGAAGUCUCAGAAAGGUGGGAGAAGUUUCUCAUCUUUUUCUGUACCCCAUCAAGUCUUGCAGAGGGACAUCCAUACCCGAAGCAGAGUGUAAACCGUUUGGCUUGCAGAGUGGAAAUCUGAAAGACAGGUACAAAUCGUCCAUUUCUAGCUGACAUAUUUGGUGAGCUCAUUUAAGGAUAAGCGACCUGGCAUUCUACCUUGCCUAUUACCAAAAGGUCAAUUCCUUUCUCCCUUACUAAGCUGGAUGUGCAGUCAUCUGCCUAUAGGGCACUUUUAAUUAUGUGCUUUUUUUGGACCUUAAGUGGGUUGAUGGGGAAAGAAAUGUACCAGGUGGCUUGGUCAGUGUCCUCUGUGGUACGUUGAUUUCCCAUAAAUUCUCUCUUUAGUAAAUUUAGAGUAUCCCUACAGGAAGUAUUUAACCCCUUAAGGACCAAACUUCUAUAAUAAAAGGGAAUCAUGACAUGCCACACAUGUCAUGUGUCCUUAAGGGGUUAAAAAUCUGCUCACUAUAGGGCAAUGAUGGAUAAACUUUGUUUUUUUAAAGCAGUUUUUUCCUAGUUAUUUGGUUGAGGAUGCUGGGAAAUGUAGUCCAACAGGCGAGGUGGCAAAACUUAGCUGUUUAUUUACAGCACACGUGCCUGGCUGGACAGAGUAUGUCCCUGUAAAAAUUCAGUUUACAGUUUUGAUACAAAUGUGGAAAAAAACAUCGGUUCCUUUUUAAUUUUUCCACUUUCAGUUUCUCCCAACACUCCCGGUGUCCUAUCAAAAAACCCUAUCCCCGUGAAAAUUCCCUACUCUUGUCACUUUCAGUGAAGUGGCCGCACCGGAAGUGAGCCAAACCAGGAGGGGUGUAAGGGAUGCACCCCAUGUGCGUGCACAGCACACGCUCUGGUGUAGGAACAUUCCAAGUGCCCAUGUGUUUAUGAGGGGGCAUGUCAUUAUGACGAGGAACUGUGCAUUCACAGUUUUGGGGUAGGGUAUUUUCAUGGUACACGUACACAUGUGCCAGAAUCAGCUGUGUGGUACACAUCUGCAGUACAGGGUAGGGCAGUGGUUCCCAAACUUUUUAGGUUCAAGGCGCCCUUAAUAUUUCAAUAUUUUUCCAAGGCACCCCAAGUCAAAAUUUCUAGGUUGAAUAUCUGUACAGCGCUGCGGCGUUUACUGGCGCUAUAGUGUAAUGUACAGUGUUGGUGUUUGAUGGGAUGCUUGUAUAUAUUUUUCGUGUUUUGAUAUAAGGGUGUGUUUGUAUGUAAUAUUUGAGUCUGAUUGCAGGGGUGUGUCUGAAUGUAAUGUUCACUUUCAAAUGCGGAUGUGUGUUUGAGUGAAGGGGUGUGUUUGAAUAUUUUUUUGAAUUUUAUAAUUCUUUAUUUUUGCACUGCAGAAUUUAACUUUCAAGCUUUAAACCGUAAAUGUUUAAGGUACUGCACUUUUUUUUUUCUUCUUCAAGACUUUGAAUAAAUGAGAAGGCAAGUAAUAAAGAAAAAACAUGAGAAACACCGCGCUAUCAUAUUAAACAAAGAAAGGGUGCAACAUGCUGUAUAGCUGAACUGUGUACAAGAGGUAAAAACCACUGUGUGGUCAGGAUCAAUUACGGAUUAAGAGCUGAGAGUCCACACCACAGCAUAUUUUGUGCUUAGAGAGGUUAACUGCAGGACAUAAGAUCAAACUCUAGCAAUCAUAUAGUAAAAUAUAUUUUGCUGUAUAUGAGGAGCAUAGCCUGCUCAGCCAAUGCCAUUAGAGGGAGGAAUGUCUUUGUGGUACUUGAGGCCAUGCAAGAUGAACAAUGGACAAUGCUUCCUGUGGUCUGAACAGGUCUAGAACUUAUUGCUGUGACCGGUGAGCGUCCUGGGAGAGACAUCGAUGCUCGCUGCACUUGGAGGUCGUACCGCGAUGAGAUUCCUCGUGCAAUACGCUGUUCAGGUGGGUAUGUGUCAGCUUGAGAGUUGGGUCGCCGGGACCUAGUCACUGGUCGCGGUCUCCACUUGCGUGUCCUGCUCCGCAACACCAUUAUGGGUAUUUCCAAAUGAGGUUUCACUUUGCUUCAUCAUGGGGAAGUCAGGACCUGUGAGGCCUCAGUCCGACCUAUGGGCAGUUAAGGAAGCACGCGGCUACUUAGCGUCUCCAAUAAUCACUCCCACAAUUGGUCAAACUUUUGGAGAAGCGGAUCCACACUGGAGGGUUGCUGUGAGGAGGCCUCAGAAGCUGUAGGCUCAAGCACGGCGGCCAUCUUAAAGAGCAUGCCUCGGGCCCCAUAGUCACCUGAUACCACGGUGUGUUACCGGUAAGGAUUCACAAGCGAUUCGGUGGGGACCGGCAUAACCCCCUGUAGCGGAGGCCUUGUAUUUCACAGGUUAGCGCCACUAAGAUCCCAGUAACGUGAUGAAAAAUCCCAUAAAGUAAUAAUUCCAGCAAGCAAGGUAAUCCAAGAAUAUCCCCAUACAGAUCCCAAUGACUGAACAACACACAGCAUCAGGAGCAGAACUAACGUUUAUUCCACACAACCUCCUUUUAAGCAUUUCUCCCAUGCAAGGGAUGGAUUUACAUUCAUUAAGACUGUACCCAAUGGAAUAGCAGUUACCUCCCACACAUCUCCUCCCCUUAGUAUGACACCUAAUCCCAUUAUACAGGUUAUAGUUUUCCCCAAGAUUAGCAGGUACACCAAUACUACCCCCUGGUAGCCCUGAUCUGGGUGACCAACAUAUCCAAAAUUCAUCCAGAUCAGACCAGGGGUUCGGGAGUUAGGUGGAGGGUGAAAUUUGACCGACCGCACACGUGGUGGUAUCCGAAAAAGGUUCCAUGCGGUCUCCGUUCGGGAGGUAAAAGACACAUAAAAACUUGCCAUCCACUAAUACAGUUACCUUCGCAUGACUUCCCUCAUUCGGUACUCUAAACUCACCGAACAGGGGGCUGAUUCGUCUUCCCGUUCGUGAGUUAUGGAGCUCUGGAGGUGUCAGAGGUGUUCGGGUAAUCUGGUGUCCGAUUUGAGUUCCAGACACUCGACGACCAAACACUGCUGAGCCUUUCGUGCGUAAGAUGGCCGCCGCCACGUGUUCGCAUGCCGAAUGGCGGCCACCCAGAUACAUCCAUAAACCACCUAUUAGUCUGUGGUUAGCAGGUACUUUGCAGCUUAACGAGGGACACACUUCACUCUGGGGUGGUCUAUUAGUUCAGUAGUUUCCAUUCGUAUGAAAUACAGAUGGAAACUACCGAACAAUCAUACGAAUGCUACUUACAAUUAAAUACAAAGCAGAAACAACACACAAAUUGCAGGAUUCUCCUAGUCUUUAAGGACAGCCACUGUACCAUCCGCUACACCCCCACCAGUCCAAAGGGGGAGGAACGGAGCUUGGCCAUAAGGUUUUUGGCACACAAGGGCAGAGGAUCGUCCGCCUCCCCUGCCUCCAGUAUAACAGCAGGCCGCAGGUUUAUUUGUCGCGAUGAAUGUCUGCAGAAACAAGGCAGAAGUUGGUCAGACAAUUGGCAGAGUGUUCCCUUAGGCGGUAAAUAUGGUUUGUGCCAAGUUUGCACUCUGAAAUUCAAGUUUUUAGCUGUAUUUCCAGAGGAGUUCGAGUCCCAUGCGUCCAGCUUUGUCGGCUGUCACCAUUUUUUGGAAUUUUAAUGCAGGGGUGUGUUUGUAUGUAAUAUUUUUGUUAGAUUGCAGGAGUGUGCUUGUAUGUUGUGCUGGUGUUUGAAUGUAUGCACAUACACACUACCACAGCGAUACAAACCACAUACAUACAAACUUACACAGAUAUUCAUGGACAUUAACACACAGAUACAUAUAAAUACACCGACACAUAGACACAGCAUAAACACACACAGACAUAUACACACAUGCACCCUGAAACACACAAACUUUGAUACAAGCACACACCAUCACACAGAUACACACUGAGAUAAAAACACACACCCUGACACACACAUGCACACACACAGACACACAAGCACACUGACAUAUAUAUAUAUAUAUAUAUGUAUAUAUAUAUAUGUGUAUAUAUAUAUAUAUAUAUAUAUAUAUAUAUACACACACACACACAGAUGCACACCCUGAAACACACACACAUACACACACACUCAUAUAUACAAGUACACACACUCAUACACAUACUUAUACUCAUACAUACACACUCAUACACACACACACUUAUACAUACACACAGUUAUACACACACACUCAUACUCAUACACACACACACAGGAUAUUUUUUUAUAUCUCCAGCCUCCCUCCUGUUAUCUUACCUAAUGUGUCCUGGAGGGGUGGCUUGGAGUCCUGCUUGCUGGUGUCCAAGGUUGUCACUUCCUCCCAGCCGACUGACAUUACAGGUGCCUGGUCGCAGUCUUAAAGUACUGCGGCACUAAUUAUAGCACCGAGGAAACAUUCCUCGGAGCCCCUAUGUGCCUGUUAAUAUACACAGUUUGGGAGCUGCUGGGAUAGGGUAUUUCUGAUGGUGCUACUGCGCAUUCGGCUUACUUCCCGUGAGGCAGCAUCACCGGAAGUGACGGGGGUAGGGAAUUUUUUAUAUCCGAAUGUUGUUUUGGAGCUCCAUAUUGUUGUCUGAGUAUAAAAGUUAGCUCCACAGCAAUAAUUAGUCUGUGUAAAUAAGAUGCAUUGCUCCAGUGGCAUAACUAAUGUAGGGAGGGCUCUCAUGAAAAAAACAUUUUUGGACCACCUGUAGAGUAGGGGUAGCCUAAAAGUAGAUCUACAACUGCCGUACAACUCUCAUGAUGCUUUGCCAGCUGUGGGUCUACAUUUUCCCAUCCGUGCAUUGUUGCAUUAUUGAGCACUGCCUCUGUGAGUAUAGUCAUGUUUUUGGAUGGAGUAUAUGUGUGUGGAUGUUUAUGUAUAAUACUGAUUUUUGCAUGCAAAGGUGUUUUUAUUGGUGUGUGAAUGCAGGAGUAUGUUUGUGGACAAGGUUAAUGUUUACAUGCAGAGGUGUGUUUGCUUGUAGUGCUGGUGUUUACAUAUAGGGCUGUUUUGGUGUACAAUUUUGGAUGCAGUGGUAUGUUUGUCUGUAGUGCUUAAUAUUUUAAUGCAGUGGUGUGUUGUGUUCAAUAUUGCUUACAGACAUGCAUUGUCACACACAUACCCAUUACCACACAUAGAAAGACACAAUCACUGCCACACAGAGAUGCACACAGACUCAUCCACACAGAUCCACUCUAAGAGAAAGACACACACAGUUGCAUACACAGGUUGACACACACACACACACACACACACUCUCUCUCUCUCUCUCUCUCUCUCAAACAAUGGUACACAUGCACACACCCUGACCCACACACUCCCUACAGGUACACCUUUCCCUCCUACGGUGUGCUCGUCUCACCUGCGCCCUGCUGAGUUUAGCUUUAAGCAAGCGUCCAGUCUCCCUAUAUUUCAUGAAGGAAACUAAUUUGUGGUGCCAGCGUGGCCAGGUGGGUCCCAUGGCACCUGCAACUUUACCUAACAUUUAAAAAUUAAUUGUGUGAGGUUUAGCCAGUUUUUGUCUUUAAGUUGUGUAUUGACAUAAACAAACUCUGUGCCACAAUGUUGGGCGAAGCAUUCGUUUGUAGUGUGUUUCCCGCCCAUCUUGCAAUGCUGCAAAAUUAUUAUAAUCCAGUAAAUAUAGCUCUCUGAGCUGCCAGGAUCCAGUUGCACAAUUCUAAUAUAACAUGUUUUUCAUGUGCAGACAUUGGCUUGUUGUAAAAGAGAACAAAGUGCAUGUUACAGCUCGGCAGGAACCACAAAUGGUGCUGAUUACGGCUUCCUGCGACAAGGAUAAAUUAACCCUCAGGGCACCAGAAAUGGAACACCUGCAAAUCCCACUGAAGCUCCCCUCAUCGAAUGGAAUAUUCACCUGCAAGUGCGUAAGAUGCUCUUACUCUCCUGCUAUUGUAAGCUGGAAUUCAAGAAAUUGCUCUGUCAAAAUGGCUCCAACGUUUUGAACUUUAGGGAAACACUUCUAAAUCAGUCUCUAAUGAAAGGUCCACUGCUUUCUGGAUCAAAACUAAAUGAAGAGCACAGUUAUUUUAAACAUAUUGUCUUCUGCAUAAUUUGUAUGCAUGUUUGAGGUCUUGGAUGAGCCUUUAAAUACAGGACACCUUCUCUCAUUUCCACAUAUUAUAUAAAAGCAAGGUGAUAGGGCAAUCUUACUUUUAAAGGAACACAAUAGCGUUAGCUUCCUAAUGCUCUAGUGUUCUUCUCACUGCUAGAAUCAAGUGACCCCUAAAUUAUUUUUAAAAAAGAAAGAAAAAGGGGUUAGGGGAGGGAUUUAACUUACCUUUUUUUCCAGCGCUGAGACUCACUCAGUGUAGCCUCUCUUUCUUUCUCCUGUUACGUCAUCUGUCAGUUGUCACUGUUUCGCAGAGAAGCAUUGAGGACUAGAAGCGCAUUCCACAUGAAUACCUUGUAUGAUAAUGAGUCAGAGAAGGUGACUAGUCUGACUUGGUUCUCACAGCGGAAGUGCCUCUAGUUACUCUCUGGAAGACAGCCACUAGAGGUGUGUUUAGCCCUGCAAUGAAAACGUUGGUUUAGCUACUGAACGGCAAUGUGUUACACUGCAGGGCUAAAUUGACAGGGGAGAGCAAAAAACAGGGCACAAGCGAAUACUGAGAGAUAUCAGUUUUGCCUCACUGAUGAUGCCUAACAAGGCUGAAACGAUCGUCUGGGGUUGCUGUGUCUCUCGUGCAGAGGGAACUUGCUGACAUUUCGGAUCUGGACUGCCCGUAUGGGUGGGACCAGUCUGAUAUAUUUCAGAGAUGUUUUCUCUGUAAUGGCACAAGAUGAACUAAAACCAGCUUGAGUUCUGAGCGGGGAUCCACCGAAGGGCAGGUUAUUUCAGUUGCUGUCCGUUCUCAGAAUACUCUUGCGACCCGUUUUUUUGCUCUAAAAUGACAGGGGCUCUGCAUUGAGAUGAAAGGGUCUGGGUGCCUGCAGAGUCCCUUUAAAAAAAGGAAAAUAAAACAUAUGAACAAAGUGUGUAGUUUAUAUCUCUUCCUUGACCUUAAUCUUUUUUUAAAAUCUCCACUAUACCUGCCAGUUGUGGUGGGUAUUGUGGGACAGUAAUGAUUUUGAACCCAUGUAAGACAUUCCCAGAUUUUGUCUCUAGUGUUCUCAAACAUGUGAUGUCCCCAUAAAUGGCAGCACAAGCACUUUAAACACACUCAAGUCUGCAAAGUUCUAUACCAGACACUUCUGCUAAUUGUAGAGAGAGUUUCAAAAAUAUAUAUCUCUUAUUAUAUAAAGAGCCAACAUAUUCCCCAGAGUGUUACAGUUAUUGAAUGGGGAAAUAUGACAACAAGGAAUUGACGUACAAAAAUUAACAGAGUGUGAAGAAGGCCCUGCUCAAAGAGCUCCCAAUCAGUAAGGCUGGUUGUCUGCCAUACAUGACCGGUGUAUAGUCGCCAUAUGGGCAGUCGGACUCCAGGACAACCCUCCCACAUACCUAACCCAAUAACUCACUGACACAAAGGUAUAUGGGAAAAUUUGUCCACAGCUUUAUUUAAACAAUCUUGAAUAAUAAUAAUUUAUUAAGCAAUAAUAAUUUUAACAAUAAACAUGGGUCAUUGCCCCCAUACUCCGCCCUCGUAACCGAAUCCUUCUGUUAAUAUAACAGGCAAUGACCCCCAUAUAAAUAACAUAUAUACAUAUACAUAUAACAUACGUAUCAACAUAUUCCAACAUACCAACUUAAAGUGCCAAACAUAAAUUAACCAUGGCAGGGGUAUACCCGGAUACCCCUGCCCCACCAGAUUCUGAGCCACCGACAGGACUCGGAACCUACCAACCACCAAUGACCACAGUUUUACGUCUCCAUGACGUUCAUCCUAGGGAGCCUAUUUCUUCUCCUUCAGCUCCCUAUCCCGCCACAAGCUCAGACCUUGACUCCUUAAGCUGUCUGAGCUCCGCCACCCCGAAGAAAAAGAGCCUUAGUCAUGCCAUCCUGCCAGCCCAGGGUCAACAGAUCCCAACCAACUGCCGAGAGAUGGACUCCAUCCGAGCGGUAGUACCCUGGCAAACCACCUUCCAACUCGCUGUGUCGAACUACCACACCCCCUAGCUUCCGCACGAAGCUUGCCAUCAAGCUAUUCACUUUCUUCCUACAUCUGUCAAUAGCCUCCGGGUCCCUAGCAUGCCGCCACCGCUUCCUAGGGAUAAUCUCCGACCAGACCAACAUCACCCCCGGAAGUAGGUCCCUUAAACUGUUAAGGUCCUGCUUCAUCCACUUCACCAGCCGCCGCUGCAGAGUGAGGCCCAAGUCGUUGCCCCCCGCAUGGAGCACCAGCAGGUCCGGCCUUGCCCGCCUGCUACCAUCCGGAACACCCUUCCGCAGACCUCCCCCCAACAAAAACCCCUGUACCCGAACCAUUGUACUGCCAACUGGUCCCGAUGAAAGCCCAGCUGGUGGCCCUGAGCUCGAGCUGCAGCCCUCCUUUCGGCCCAGAAGACAAAUGAAUGGCCCACGAUCCAUGCGACACGGCCUGGGGGAGAGAAGGAAAACAGAUCAUAACAGCCCCUUAUGCACCCAGCCCCCGGGGAUCCCCCCAAAGGCCCUUCACCAUCUUACUCCAAUAAACCCAAGCGCACAUAUGAACGGAACCGUACCGACUCCCAUCUCCCAAUCCGUUUCACUAUGUCAUCCCCCAGACCCAACCGAGCUGCCUCCGUAGCCGCCCCAAUACGAAAGGAGUGUGUACCAAAAGUAUCCACCCUCAGUCCUAGCUUUCCCAGUCCAGACCGAAAAACCUUGGUGAACUGGAACCGGGAGAGGGAAGACACGUCCGCGUGUACCAGCAGCGAUCCUCCAACCCCCGGCCUCCGUGCCAUGUACCCCGCCACUGCGGCCACUGGGCACAAAGCGGAGCCCGGCAGGGCCCGCAGCGUCACAUCUCGGCCCUUGCCUAACAUGUCCGUCUUGGAUUUUGCCAGGUGUACAACCACCUUCCCUUCCAGCACUCGGACCCCCGACACCUGUACCCCCCCUGCCGCAGUCCUCGUGGCACUGACCAACUCCCCUACCCGAAAGGCUCCAAAGAAGGCCAACAGAAACGCCGCCUGAAACAACGAUGCUUCGAACCUGUCGAAACAUAUAGUAGGCAAUAAACCGACCAGGUCACUCAACACUCGCACCGAUACUGGGCGCCGAGUGUCAGGCCGCCUGCGGCCCCGCCGGUACCCCUUCAGUGCCUGCCUUAUGACAAAGGCCUUAGUAAGGUCCUCUUCCCCAUGUAGCUUGAACCAGAAAGCCAUCGCCGCCAUGGACCUGUCAACCACCGCCGGGGAUACCCCUUUCGCCAGCAAUUGACAGGUGUACCAGAGGAACGCAUCCUUGAGCGAUUCCCCCGCCGGCAGGCGGUCCAACCCUUCCCAUGACCUUUCCCAGGAGUCCCAGACCUUACUGUAAGCGGCCCAUGUGGCCGGCGCCAGCGAAGCCUUCACCAGUCCCCCAAGCAGGUCGCCCCGAGCCGCCAAAUCUCGUCUGGGCAAGCCUGCCCCACUUCUUGGGCUUCCGGCGCCACCGUCCGGAAUCGUGACCACUGAAAACGAGACAGGGCGUCAGCUACAUCAUUCAUGAACCCAGGCACAUGGCGUGCACGAAAAACAACAUUUAGCGACAUGCACAACAGAACAAAAUGACGUAGCAACCUAACCACGGGUUUCGAUGCCGCUGAUUGGUUAUUCACAGCGUGCACCACGGCCAUAUUGUCCGAGAAAAAGACCACCUUCCGGUCCCGCAGCCUAUCCCCCCACAGGGCCAACGCAACGACCAGCGGGAACAGCUCCAAGAAAGCCAAGUUCCGCAUGAGGGGGCUCAUUCGCCACUCCCCCGGCCAUCGCUCCGCACACCAACGUCCCCCAAAAUAAGCCCCGAAGCCCACGCUACCAGACGCGUCAGUGAACAGCUCCAGUUCCGCAGCCGACACGCCCUCCUGUCUAAAAAUCACCGUCCCAUUGAACUCCCGCAAAAAGGUCUCCCAUACGGCCAAGUCGGCCCUCAUGGCCGACGACACCCGAAUGAAGUGACGCGGGGAUCGCACCCCCGCCGUCGCUGCCGACAGGCUCCGGCUGAACACCCUACCCAUUGGGAUCACCCGGCAUGCAAAAUUCAGCAUCCCGAUCAACGACUGCAGCUGCCGCAAUGUAACCUUACGGGCUUGAGCCGCCGUUGUCACCUCCUCCCUCAGCCGCCGCAACUUCUCCAACGGCAGCCGACACUCCCCUUGCAACGUAUCUAUCUCCAGCCCCAGAAAACUAAGGCACGGAGCCGGCCCUUCUGUCUUGUCCGCCGCCAACGGGACCCCAAAAUGGCCAGCCACCCACUCGACCGUUCUCAGCAAGUGUAGGCAGGCGGGGGAGCCCGCUGGUCCCACGCAGAGAAAAUCGUCCAGAUAGUGUACCACAGCCCCACUCCCCGCCUCAACCUUGACCACCCAUUCAAGAAAUGUACUAAACUUCUCAAAGUAGGCGCAGGAGAUAGCACAACCCAUCGGAAGGCACAAAUCCACAAAGUACUCCCCGUCGAAGAAACACCCCAGCAAGUGAUGACACGCUGGGUGGACCGGAAGCAGCCGAAACGCUGCUUCAAUAUCCACCUUAGCCAACAGUGCCCUGCGCCCGGCCCUCCUUACCAGCUCGACCGCCCUGUCGAAUGAUGCGUAGGAGACCGAGCACAAGUCCUUGUCAAUAUCAUCAUUCACCGACUCUCCUUCCGGGUAGGAGAGGUGGUGAAUGAGCCUGAAUUUGCCCGGUUCCUUCUUGGGAACCACCCCGAGUGGGGAAACCCGCAGACCCUCCAAUGGAGGAGCCGGGAACGGUCCUGCCAUCCUCCCCAAUUUGACUUCCUUGCCCAGCUUUUCCCGCACCACACCCGGGAACUCAGCCACCGAUUUAAGGUUGCGCCGAACCCCAGUCCCCCCCCGGUUCCGGAAAGGGAUAAAGAACCCCUGACCAAACCCCGCCCGGAGCGCCACGGCAUCUGCCUUAUUACCGUAGCGGCUUAGCCACGGCUCCAUCGCGUCUAGCCUCACCGGGGUUAGGCCCCGGGGCAAGCGAAACUCCCCCUCCCCCCCCAGCCGAGGUAGGGACCCCGGUGUGCCCUGACUUCCCUUUUUUGAAGCACCGGUUGAGCCCAUGCGCGCCUCCGCAGCCCGAACACUCGUGCUUAAAGCGACAGGCGUUUCCCCAUUUGCACUGGCCCUCGUUAAAGAGCCAGCAGAAGCCCUUUUGCAUGGCGGCCGACGAGGCGGACUGCCCCUUUGCGCCGGCCAUGGGCUGAAAUGGCUGCGCUUUUUGCGCCAUCAUCAGCUUCAUCCAGAGAGGCAGGUCCAUUUGAUCCCACCGCAUACCCGGAUUAGCCGCCAAACGCUGCCGGAAUUGCUCGUCAUACCGCCACCAUGCCAGUCCGUCAUAGGUGCGAUACGCCUCCCAAAUGCCAUCCAAAUAACAAAACAGGGAGGAGCACAGGCCCGGCGAUUUCUCGCCCAGAACACUGGCCAACACGCAAAAGGCCCUCAGCCAGUUACCGAAAGACUUGGGAAUCUUACGAUACCGCUUCUUCUUCUCUUCCUCCUCCUUCUUCUCAUCUUUUUUAUCGUCCUCUUUGAGAUCAAUAAAAUCCUCCAAAGGGAGAAGAGAAAAGAUCUCGCAGAAGUCACCCUUCCAGAUUUUUUCCUUCACCUCCUGUUUGAGGUGGACCCCCAGCGGACCCGCAAACGACACAUAUGCGUGUUGCCUGGCCGCAUCAGGAACCACCCCCCCCGUCAACUCAGCCCGCUCGCUCGUCGCCUCCGCCCCAGUAACCGUCACUGCAGUGUCCCCACCCGAACUCUGUUCCGCGGAGGGAACCUCGCUCGGGCCCGCCACUCCAGCCCCCUGAGCCCAAACCUGACCCACACCGCCCUUUGUGGCACCCCCCGCUCCCAGUGAGUGGAGAAGUGCUUGAAGCGUAUGAACCAAUGCACUGGAGUGCAGAGAAGCAGAGGACUCACCGGCCAAGCCCCUCGACCCCGAAGCUCCUGGGGCUGCGUUGUGUACCGUCCCCUGACCAGGAUGAGCGACAUCCGUCAACGAUCCUCCAACCGGGGAGCCAACCCGGUGCCCGGCCACAUCAGAGGCGGAGCGGCUCCGAGAUCUGUAACGAGGAGAAGAAGUCCUGGGCAGAGCAUACUGGUCAUGAGCAGCCCCCCCGUCCCGACCUUGAGAGCGCCCGCUGAACACCAGAGCCUCCCGUCGCGCAACCACUCCUUUUCGCCCACCCAAGGCCCGAUCGGCCCUGCCUCUGGGACUACGACUCCUCCCGUUCCUACCAGAGGCCCGCCCCCGUGUAACCAGCCUGGGGGCCAUGACCCUCUCCCCCCCUGAGCUACUAGAAGAGGACCUAACACGCCGAGCCCUUCCCUUAACCCCCCCGAACCCCCGGGCCCUAACCGGUGACGGGCUGCUAUCACCAGACCCCAAACCUGAACCCCCCCCAGAACUACGCCCACCUAGCCGCUCACCAGCGCAGGGAAAUCCCCACCCCCCACCCCGGCGGGCCCCCCGGCUAGAAGAACCCCCUCCCCUCGGUACCUCUAGACCGUCCCCAGACCCCGCACCCCUAACCUGUCCUGAACGCCCUGCGCACCUCGACCUCCUGCCCCCACCCGAUGGCAAACCUCCCCCUGCCGUACCCCCUGGCCCUUCCACCCUCCCGGUAACAGGCCCUCGCUCCAUGCUCACUACCCUGGAACUACCCUGCGCACCCUCCCCCCUAGGCCUCUCUGCCCCCGCUCUAGACGGAACCUGACCCCUCUCCAUGUCCCCCCCAGGUCUCUGAACCCUGUGCCCAGUCCUCCUGCGCUGAUUCGCGCCAAGGGGGUCCCGGCCGGAACCCCCUGCACUUGCCUGUUCCAGGGGCGGUCCGCGAGCUCCUCCCGCACCAGCCCCGCCAGUCCCCGCCAUGGGUGUAGGAGACGCCCUCCCGGGCUGCAAUCCCGCGUCCUCUCCGGUUCCAGGGGGCCGCCCGAUGUCUUCCGCGGCCCCCGCUCCAGGCGCAGCCCUCCCCGCACUGGGAGCCGCACCGUCCGACUCCCGGGUAGCCUCCCGCCGGCUACCGCUUCUCCGACGUCCCGGUAACGCGCCGGGAGGCGGAGCCUCAACCAUGCGGCUACCGGGUCCUUUUCGGCCUGGUCCCGCCGCCGCCCGGCCGCUGGAACCGUCUCCACCGGACUCCGCGCCUGGGCUCAGCCGUCUCGGCGGCCUCCGAGCCCGCACAGGCCGACCUCCGCCGCCCUCAUGAUCUGCAGCACCCGCCAGGGCCGGUCCAAGUUGCGCCCGCAGCCAGUCCACGCCACGUCCUUGAGCCGCCAACCGGAUCCGCUCCAACAGCUCCUCCAUGUUAUCCUUCGACCCUGCAGAAGGAGAGAAAAACAAAGACCCCACCAAACCAAAUCUGUGGACACAGGAGUGCACACAAACUCAGCAAGGUAGUAAUUAAAAGUGAAGGCUUUAAAAUGGCUGCCUAUUUAAAUAGCCAAGCCUACUUACCCAUAACUCCAUACUUCCUUCCCUCCUCCUAUGCCCGCCUCCUAACCCCUGUCAAGGCCUUUUUUCGCUUAGCUGCGCUUUGGCUACAUGGGGCUACAGGAUUGUUCUUCAAUUAGGCUCACUGAGUUUGAAAGCAACGCAUUCUCCAGGCUAUAAAUUGGUCUCUCACACAUUAGUAUGAUUAUAGGAAUGAUCUGUUUCUCCAACUGAACUUCUGGAGACUCACAAAAAUAAUUCACCGCUACAUGCGUUGGUCUGCAUUGUCCAAUAAUUCCACUGUAACAAUAAACAAAAUUAUACAAAAUUUCAAGAGCUGAUUUCUUAAAUUCAUGCUUGAUUACCAUAAGGGAAUUUCAGGACAUAAUGUGCGAUAAACACAGACCAAAACCCUGUAGAUACCAAAUAUCUAGUUCAUUUACCAGUACCAGCACACCAUCAUAUUGGUCAAAAAAUACCUGAUCGCAUAGACUAUUAAAAUUUGCCUAUGACUAUUUACUAUAACAUGCAAAACAUGUUAAGAGGUUGGUGGUGGAUGUGGUUUCUGGGUGUUUGUUUCAGAUAGUGGUUAUUCUAAUAUAUGAUUUUCACAAUUUAAAUAAAGUAUUUAGAACAUUUGAAAGAAAUAAUGUAUUCAGUUAAUUUGCCCUGAUUUUGGAGGUAUUCUAUGAUGAAUGACUAAUGUAUUCCACAAUGUUGUCAUGAUAUCACACAUUCUCUUUAAUAUAUCAAAGUACUGCAUUGUGAAUAUAUAGGCAGUAUGCAAAUUGAAUAAAUCAUUUCAUCUCAAUAUGUUUUACGAUCGUGUUAGCUUUCCUCACCCUUUUUCACAUAUGAUUCAUUUUCAGAGUUCACGGCAAUGAGGUUUGUGGCAGGGAUUGUGGUGAUAAAGCCUCUCAGUGGAUCACCAGCUUUUUGAAAAGUAAAGAGGUAUAUCGCUUGGUUCAGUUUGAGGACAAUAUGAAACCCAGGAACCCAAAGAACGAGUAUGAGAAAUACACAGAUCAUGAUAAGGUUAGUCAAAUAUAGGCUAGUGUAAUGUCUUAUUUAAUAGUCUUAUAUAAUUUAUUUAUGAUUUUUAUUCCAGGCAUUUAUAAGGAAGCUGGCGGCUCAGCGGUAUUCGUGCCAAUAAGUGUCCGUUUUCAGUUCGAUAGUUUGGGCGCUAAACAUCGCUGGCCGUUCGGGAGGUAAAAUGGCCACUGCCACGUGUUCGGCAGACGAACAAAGGCCACCCAGCGUUCAUCAAUUAAGCUGCGGUUAACCGCAGCUUCUGGGCGGUCAAUUGACGGCACACUCCAGCUCCCAGGUGGUCCAUCGUUUGGUAGUUUGUUCAGUAGAUGGAAUCUACCGAACCCCCUGACAGAAAGGCACGAAUAAACCUUUCAGCAGGGAAAAUAACAGCUCUGAACUGCAGGGCCAUAGUCUAAAGGGAGCAGGCGAGCAACCAGGCGAGCAACCAGGCUUCUCCAGUUUACAGUGGCGAGGUUGGUUCCGCCACACACACACACACAUUUCCACCAACACUCACAAAUUAUAAUUUUUUAAAUUUUAUUUUAAAUCCACCCAGCCUCCCUGGGAGAGCUGGAGUGGAUUGCUUACCUGCAGUCCAGUGGGGCUGCUGGGCGGGCAGGCAGGGGGUGGACAGGCUGAGUAGGCGGCGAGGGAGCUUUAAUCUUCCUGUUCAGCUCCCUUGCGCGCUGCUUAUUGAAGCCGGGAGCCUGAGUGACGUCAUAUUUUGGCUCCCGGCUUCAUUAAGCGGUGCGCAAGGGAGCUGAGCAGAAAGAGCUCAGAUGAGCAUGCUCCCUCACUGCCCGCGCCCGCCUUGUGGGGGGGCUCAAAAGUGGCCAGAUGGCCAGAUCUUGAGCCCCCCAAGGAAAAGAGGCAAACAAGGGAUCUGCCUGGGCGUGGGGGGGGGGAGGGGAGGGCGGCUUUUUUUCCGCCCCCUGCAAAGUGCCAUUCAAGGCUUACCUUGUUUGCCUCGCGGAAGAUACGUCCCUGCCUUUUAUACAAAGUUAUUAGCUGGAUAGCCCAGGAGUUUACAACCUGAAAAUGGGAACUGACACAAGAGGUAGCAGGGGAAUUUGAAGGUGAUGGCCAGAGAAUAUUAAAGGAUAAUUGUAACCACUGGUUAGAUAUAAUCAGAAUGGCGAGGUAACUGAGAUGUUAAAGGACCACUCUAGGCACCCAGACCACUUCAGCUUAAUGAAGUGGUCUGGGUGCCAGGUCCAGCUAGGCUUAACCCAUUCUUUAUAAACAUAGCAGUUUCAGAGAAACUGCUAUGUUUAUGAAUGGGUUAAGCCUUCCCCCAAAGCCUCUAGCGGCUGUCUCAUUGACAACCGCUAGAGGCGCUUGCGUGAUUCUCACUGUGAAAAUCACAGUGAGAGCACACAAGCAUCCAUAGGAAAGCAUUGAUAAGCACUGAGGACUAGAAGCGCAUUCCACAUGAUAAUGCCGCGUGUGCGCAUUCAGCCGACGGGGAGGAGAGGAGGAGGAUCGGAGGCAGAGAACUCCCCGCCCAGCGCUGGAAAAAGGUACGUUUUUACCCCUUUCCCCCUUCCAGAGCCGGGCGGGUGCGGGCACCCUCAGGGCACUAUAGUGCCCGGAAAAUGAGUAUGUUUUCCUGGCACUAUAGUGGUCCUUUAAGUGGCUGGAGAAGCAUGCUAUAAAUUAAGCUGGGGACAGACUGGGAGACAGGAGGAUAUGGUGGGUGAGAUAGAGCUUAGUUAAAAUGAAAGUUUUGUUUUUAACCUGUUGGUUGGGUUAAUGGAUGGAAGGACUCUGAACACAAAUGAGAAGAAUGCAGUUAAGUGAAGGUAUUUAAUUUUAGGGGGAGGAUAAAGUAAACAGUUGUAUUAUACAAUUGAAAAGUUUGCCAACAAGAGUCUAUAUUAGUAAAUACAUUAAUUGGAAAAAAAAUUGAAAAACUGCAUGUACAGAAAAUGAUUUACACGUUUAUACACUAAAGGGAAAAUUUUAAGUGAAUUUAAAAUUCAAGGCUAGAGUAGCUGAACUGACAACAUAACUGAUUUCUUCCAUUUCAGCUACUUUGACUUUAAGGGAACACUAUAGUGUCAGGAAUAGAAACAUGUAUUCCUGAUACUAUAGAUGUAAAAACACAUUUUAGGCCUCUGGGCCUCCUUGUCUCCCCUUAAAAAGUAAUUUUACUCACCUUUUUUCCAGUGCUGCGUUGUUCUUUUCGCUGCUGGCCCCACCCUGCAUCCUUGGCUGAGAUGAUCAUAUUUGACGAUUUCAGCCAAUCCAAUGCUUGCCAUAGGAAAGCAUUGGAAGGCUAUUAUACAUGUGCGGAAAAACGCUGAGCUGUGCCAAUCAGCAUCUCCUCCUGUCUAUGGGGAGCGUUCAGCACUGACCCUGGAUGCACUUCUAGUAGCUGUUUCAGUGACUGACACUAGAGGUACUCCUAGGUAGCAAUGUAAACACUGCCUUUUUUUUUUUUUUUAAAGGCAGUGUUUACAUUAAAAAGCCUGCAGGGACAUACUAUACUCACCAAAACAACUACAUUAAGCUGUAGUUGUUCUGGUGACUAUAAUGUCCCUUUAAAUUUGAAAUUCGCCUUAAACUCACUUUGCAUAACCCUUCACUAGCGAAUAACCCUGUAAAUACUUAAAGGGAUAUUAUAGGCCCUAAAGCAAUCUUAGCUCAAUUGAUCAUUUUUUGUGUAUAGAUCAUGCCCCUGCAGAGUCACUGUUCAAUUCUCUGCCAUUUAGAAGUUAAUCACUUUUUUUCUGUCAAUGCAGCCCCAGCCACACUUCCCCUGGCUGUGACUAACACAGCCUGUAUGAAAAAAGGUUUAUUUGUUUUACUCAGAUGUUAACUUGCUUUAGAAUUUUGUAUCUCCUGCUCUGCAAAAUUAACCUUAAUCACUCUGGAGAUUAUGUCAGGCUGUUAAUAGGAGAUACUAAAAUUUUAAUUUUAAUUUUAAUUUAAACAGACUGUGCAAAAAAUGAAUUUAAACAUUAUAUCUCUCUUUACAGGAAGUGUUUAGGAAGGAUGUAAGUUACAUUCAGGAAUGUGUAACUAGAGCUGUAUAAACAAAGUGAUUUAACUUCUAAAUGGCAGAGAAUUCAGCAGUGAGACUGCUUGAGGGGCAUGAUCUAUACACCAAAACUGCUUCAUUAACAUAAAGUUGUUUUGGUGCCUAUAGUGUCCCUUUAAACAGGGUCAUAAAGUGACAGAACCAAUUUAAAAACAUUAUGGACCUUUUCCAACUUUUAAAAUCAUCCUAGGGCUGCACAGAAAAAUGAAUUUGGUUUCCAUAGUGAUUGCCGCACCUUUAGAAUUUUACUGAAUUCAUCUUUAAACAUAACCCACAUUAUUAGAUUUUUCUUGUUAUGGAGAUUUUACUAAAUUCACAGAACCAAAUUCGCAUUCUACUGGAAAGAAACUGCAGAUGCAUGUUUGUUAUUCUGUAAGUUUAAUAGUGUUGCUUGCAUAGAUUUGAAAAUUAAAGGUUGGCCUCUAAUUUAACAAGAUCAUGGAAAACUCAAUAUGUUUUCUCAUAACAUAAUAACAUAUAGAUUUGCACAAUAAAAUAUGUAGGUGGAUAUUACAAAUGUAAGCAUCCUGUACAGUUGAAAAAAAAAAAAAAAGAUAUUUGGAAUUCAAUUGCUGCAUCCCUAGAUAGAUAGUGCUAUCAACUUCAGUAGAUACUUUUAAAAGGUUUUUAACCUUUUGGUUUUGGACAUACCAGGGUAUAAUAUUUGAAGAAGUAUCUGAGUCAGUUAGUAAUGGUUUUAAGGAACCUGUCAUGCCUCAAACAGCUCAUGCUCAUUAGAUUGAGCAUAAGCCUCUGCCUACACAUUGUGCUAGCAGUUUUGUUAGCAGAUUUAUAGUUUAAGAGAAAAGCCAUUUUAAAAAUGUUUUUUUUCCCACAGUUGUCAGUCAAACCGAGGGUUUGACUGACAAGGGAGAGCAGAAAAGACCUCCCACAGAAGGUCCUUCUCUCCUCUCAUAGCAUUUACAACACAUGUGCAGUGGUUGCUAUAGAAAUUCCCUAGCCAGUGCUUCUUGCGCUGGUUAGGGAGUAUAGGAACAGAGGGGAGUGCCAAUGUCACUGACAAGGUUUGCCCUCCUUGGGGAUGUAUCUCAAGCAGGGAAAAUCAAAGAAGACUAUGGGAGGAGCCGAGGUGGAGCUGAAGACUGCCAGGAGGUGGGUGAUACACGAAGAGUAACACCCAUGAAGCAGUGCUAAAAUGGACAAAAUGUGGGUAAAUCUUUAUAUUUUACAUUGAAUAAACCAUGUACGUUAUAAUAUAUGGUGUACUCAAUGCAUAUGGGAGCAAUUCCAACAUAAUAAUUGGAAUGCACUUCAUAUUUUUUUGUAAAAACAUCAAAGAAACAUAAACUGUUGGUCUGACAAACUACCAUCUUUGUUUCCAGCCCAUCACGUUCUUUAAAUGAGCUGUUUCAGUAAAUCGAUAGUGAUCCUUUUCACACCUUCGUUCAGGUGGCGUAUCCUGACCUGAGUCCUCUUCUUCUGAUGUCUGAAGCCUCAGUUGAUAAUCUGAACACCAAACUACAGAAGAUGGUCACAAUUCGUAAUUUCCGUCCCAACAUUGUUGUUACAGGGUGUGAGGCACAUGAAGAGGUAAUUAAUACUCUGUAUACUUUCUUAAUGUCUUUUUGUCUGUUAAUGUUUUUUUGUUACACUUUUAUGGCAGUAAAGGUCAGGCCAUGUCCAACUGCGACCAUUAGAAGUCAAAGUGAGAUCAACUGAUGGGUCAUGUCAACUCUGUUUCUUUUCUACCAUUCAUCUUCCAUCCAUGUCUCUCUCCCUAAACCAGAGUUCAGUAGCUGUGCAUCAUCAUACAUCCCAAGUGUCCCAGAUUUGGUGGGACUGCCCUAAAUUCAGGGUCCAGUGUCUCUCGCCAGGGAAAAAGAGGGACCAAGUUUGUGGAAAGUGCUUUGCAAGUUCUUCAGUAGACAUUCUUCCACUGUGCAAAGUGCUGUUGGCCUACUAUUUCAGUUGGCUCUGCUGCUUUGUUUUUUCUGUAGAACUGAUAUCAGCGAAGAUCUUAGAAAAAAAAAAAAGGCGAAUUUAAAACAUCCCAUAACUAACUCUAUAAAAUGAUCUAGAUAAGAGUUCUAUGUAAGAACUGUUGGUAAAAUGUUAUUUUCAAGUUAGUUUUACUUUCAAACAUUGCCAUCUAGUGGUGACAAAUAGGAAUAAAAACAUUUUGAUACCUACACUGUUUGAAGAAAUCCUUUGAAACAAUAUCUUGAGCACAUUCAAAAUAGAUAACAGCUGACAUACUUAACCCUUAUCUCAUCUCCUUAGAGCAGAGGUUCCCACUUAAUUAUUCACGUGGAACUCUUUGACAUAGUGUACCAACAUUGUGGACCACCCCAUUUUUUUUUUUUUUGCUAUACGUACACUAAUUUCUACAGAUAGUAAACAGAUUGUAGUACUUAGGAGCCUUUUUGUGUAAAGUUGUGUUUGUAUGUAAUUUUAGCUUCUCAAUACAGGGGUGUGUUUGUAUGUAAUGUUUGCAUUUGCGUGCAGGGGUGUGUUGUGAUGUAGUUUUGAUAUUUAAAUAGGGAUGUACAUUUGUGUGUAGUAUUGGUGUUUUGUUUAUGUUUGUAUAUAUAUAUAUAUAUAUAUAUAUAUAUAUGUGUUUGCAUGUUGUGUUAGUGUUUGAUUGCUGGGAUGUAAUCACAUACACUGCUACAUGCAGAUACACUCAUAUAAACACAUUGACAUAUACACACACAUUCAUAUACAAACUAACACAGACACAAAGAUACACAACUUGACACAUGCACACACUUUGACACACAGAUACACACUGGAACACACACACACCUUGACACAGAUAUUCAAACACUGACACACAGAUACACAUACUGAAACAGAUACAAACACUGGCACAUACACAAACUCAGAUACACACACACACACAAACACUGGCACAUACACAAACACUUUGAUACACACACAAACACUGGCACAUACACAAACACUGAUACACAGAUACAAACACUGUCACACACUCACAUGCACACACUGAUACAGAUACACACACUGGCACAUCCACACACUCAGAUUCACACAUUGGCACAUACACACACACACACUGACACAGAUACACACAUUGGCACAUUGGCACAUACACACUGACACAUACUGAUGCACAGAUGCCUACACUGGCACACACAUUGAUGCACAGACACACACACUGAUUAACACACUGGCACAGAUACACACUGACACACUGAUACACAGAUACACAUACUGGCACAUACACACACUCAGAUACACACAGAGACACACACAAUGGCACAAUCACACUGACACACAGAUACACACACAGGCACACUGGCACAUACACACUGACACACAGAUACACACACAGUGACACAGAUACACACUCUGGACUGGCACACAUACACACUGUCACCCACACAUACUGGCACAUACACACACAAUCUGACAUACAUAAACACACAAUCUGACAUACAUAAACACAUACAUGUUAAAAUGUUUGUAUUUGCAGCCACCCUCCUGUUAGCUUACCUUGGUGUCCUGGAGGGUGGCUUGCUUGGAGGUCUGGUCCUGUCUGAGGCUGAUGGGAGUGAGCAUGCAGCUGCAGCAGCUCACUCCCAGCCUCUCAUUUGCCUCUAUGUUGUGUGCUGCUGCCUCCAGCUUGCUCAUUACUCACUGCAUUCCUUCUGCGCCUCCCAGUCCGCCGAUAGGGCAGGGGCCUAUCACUCUCACAGAAAUGUCUGGACCUAGAGCAUUUCUCCACUAAUCUCCAAACUCUCCUUUUACCUAUCUCAAACCUCACCUGUCCUAGUUCUGCAACCUCCUUCUACAAUUCCACCCUCUCCCCUCAACUAGACAUCAUGACAUCUUGUACAUUUAAACGCUGCAGGCGCCCCCAACAACAACCCUGGCACACCAAGCUCCCUCGAUACCUCCAAAAAUGCUCCAGAACUGCUAAACGCUGUUGGAGAAAGUCUCACUGUGCAUCUGACUUUCUCCACUAUAAAUUUAUGCUGAGCUCAUACAGCUUGGCUCUUUCCUCUGCAAAAGUAAAUUACUUGAAACACCCUCAUAAGCACACUCUCCCGCGAACCCACGACUAUUUCACACAUUUAACUCUCUUCUUCGCCCUGCUGUUCUUCCUCCACCUACUAACUUGACCGCCUUAGACUUUGCAACUCACUUCACUGACAAGAUCUCUACAAUCAGAGAAGAGAUCUCUCAUCCUUCUUCUUCCCCUUACAAUACUUCCCCUAACUUCACUCCCUCUGCUGUUCUAUGUUCAUUCGCACCCGCUACAUUGGAAGAGGUUUCUGUUCUGCUACAGUCCUCCUGCCCCACCACCUGCUCCCUAGAUCCAAUUCCCUCGCAUCUCAUCCGUACUCUGUCUUCUUCUCUUUCUCCACCUCUCACUAAAAUUCUCAAUCUCUCUCUCCUCUGGUAUAUUUCCAUUGCCCUUCAAACAUGCAACUGUAACCCCAAUUCUAAAGAAGCCCAAUCUUGACCCUAACUCCCCAUCCAACUAUCGUCCUAUCUCGCUACUGCCUUUUGCAUCCAAGAUCCUUGAAAGAAUUUUGUAUGCGAGAUUGACAGACUUCCUCGAGUCCAACUCUCUGCUAGACCCGCUUCAGUUUGGUUUCCGCGCUAAGCACUCUGUAGAAACGGCACUGACCAAAGUAUCCAAUGAUCUACUCGCUGCAAAAUCUUGUGGUCCCUACACUAUUGUAAUUCUCCUUGACCUGUCUACAGCUUUUGACACGGUCUACAUGAUAUUGCUCUCUCCUGGUGCUCCUUCUACCUCUCCCAGCGCUCUUUCCGUGUUUCUUUCUCUGGCUCUGCUUCUUCUCCCCAACUCCUCUCUGUUGGUGUCCCCCAAGGUUCAGUCCUUGGUCCCCUACUGUUCUCCAUCUAUACUGCCUCCCUUGGUAAACUCAUUAGCUCCUUUGGCUUCCAAUAUCAUUUCUACGCAGAUGACACGCAAAUCUACCUGUCCUCUCCUGAUCUCUCCCCGUCCCUCUUGACUAGUGUCUCUGACUGCCUCUCUGCUGUUUCUAACUGGAUGGCUGCCACUUCCUUAAACUAAACUUGACCAAAACUGAAAUUCUGGUCUUUCCUCCCUCAAGUGUUGUUACUCCUGUGUCUGUCUCCCUCCAAGUCUACGGUGCUACCAUCUUGCUGCCUAAGUGUUCUCUUUGACUCUGACCUCUCCUUCAAGCCUCAUGUUCAAUCUAUCGCCAAAUCCUGUCAUUUCCAUCUCAAAAACAUUGCGCGCAUUCAACCCUUCUUAAAGCCAGAUGCGACUAAGGUGUUGGUCUAUUCCACUGUCCUUUCUUGCCUUGACUACUGUAAUCCACUUCUCACUUCUCGCCUUGUCUACUGUAAUCCACUGUCUUACGUGCUCCCAACUUGCGCCGUUACAGUCCAUAAUGAAUGCAGCAGCAAGGCUCAUCUUCCUGUCCGCCCGCACCUCCCAUGCCUGACCCUUCUGUCAGUCCCUACAUUGGCUUCCUAUAAAAUAUAGAGCUCAAUUUAAAAUUCUUGCUUUCAAAUCGCUACAUAAUGCUGCUCCCACCUAUCUAUCCUCCCUUAUACACAAGUAUGUCCCGUCUAAGCCUUUACGAUCUGCUGAAGACUUACGUCUAUCUUCUGUCCGUACUCCCACCUCUGAUGCUCACCUUCAAGAUUUCUCGAGGGCUGCACUGUUCCUGUGGAACUCGCUUCCCUCCUCCGUUAGAUGCUCACUCAGUCUCCACUCCUUCAAAAAAAUGGUUUAAAACCCACUUCUUCAUAAAAGCGUAUCAAUUAAACUGUUAAUAGCUCCUGACUGAUUCCUCUUCUGCAACUGUCACUAGUCUAAUACUAUCCUUACCUUUUUGUGUCAUUUUACCCCACUCCCGCUAGCAUGUAAGCUCAUUGAGCAGGGCCCUCAACCCCUCUGUUCCUGUGUGUCCAACUUGUCUGGUUACAACUACAUGUCUGUUCGUCCACCCAUUGUAAAGCGCUGCAGAAUUUGAUGGUGCUAUAUAAAUAAUAACAUAAUAAUAAUAAUAAUAAUAAAGAGCCACGGCACCCUACCGGGCCCCUGUUCAGCGUUCAUAGCCAUCGGGUGGCCCUAAGUGCAUGGGUCACCCGAUGGACAGAUCGCGGUGGAUCCCCAAUUUUGUUCUCAUGGAACCCCAAUUGGAAAAAAAGCUGCCUUAGAGUACCGGAAAGUUUUUUGAGUGUAAAACCUUUCACUAUCAAGUAUGAAAACAAAAUUAUUUUGCGGGUUAGAGGGACUUUGCGUUAGGGGGCUAGGGGUUAAGCAGCAACUUUACAAUUAUUAAUAAAGUGCAGGGUGCUCAAGUGAAGAUGUGCAUUAAAAAUAUAAUAUAAUAUAGAAACAUAGAAUGUGACGGCAGAUAAGAACCAUUUGGCCCAUCUAGUCUGCCCAAUUUUCUAAAUACUUUCAUUAGUCCCUGGCCUUAUCUUAUAGCUAGGAUAGCCUUAUGCCUAUCCCAUGCAUGCUUAAACUCCCUCACUGUGUUAACCUCUACCACUUCAGCUGGAGGGCUAUUCCAUGCAUCCACUACCCUCUCAGUAAAGUAAUACUUCCUGGUAUUAUUUUUAAACCUUUGUCCCUCUAAUUUAAUACUAUGUCCUCUUGUUGUGGUAGUUUUUCUUCUUUUAAAUAUAGUCUCCUCCUUUACUGUGUUGAUUCCCUUUAUGUAUUUAAAUGUUUCUAUCAUAUCCCCCUGUCUCGUCUUUCUUCCAAGCUAUACAUGUUGAGUUCCUCUAACCUUUCCUGGUAAGUUUUAUCCUGUAAUGCAUUAACCAGUUUAGUAGCCCUUCUUGACCUUUCUCUAAAGUAUCAAUAUGCUUCUGAAGAUACGGUCUCCAGUACUGCGUACAAUACUCCAAGUGAGGUCUCACCAGUGUUCUGUACAAUGGCAUGAGCACUUCUCUCUUUCUACUGCUAAUACCUCUCCCUCACCUCUAAAUCCCUUUUCUCAGAUGUUGAGGUUAGGACACUAUCAAAUAUGUAUGUCUGCUCUUACAAGUAAGCCUAACAACUAAAAAGAAAAAGACAAACAUUUCUUAAUUUGACAAAAUGUCGGGUCAUUUCAUAAGCAAUUUGAUGCUUGAAAAAUAUCUGACAUUUGGGUACUUUGCACUGAUUUGAAACAUUUUUAGAUGUUUUGCACUCAUUGAAUUGAUCUGAAUGAAAUUUGCACUCUCAGGGUAACCUCCACAUGUGCAUCAACAUAGAUAUACAGGAAGACAGACAAAACACACAGAAUUACAGUAUCAGUUUAAAUAACAAUUUGUGAAUUUUGCAAUUAGUCAUUUAUUAAUUCAGAAUUCAUUUAAUAUAUAGUUUUAAAAAAUUGACUUUUAAUAUGAGAAAUGUGAAUGAGUGUGACAAAAGCUUAUUUCUAUGAGCUUCUAUAACUUUACACCCUAUUCUUUCCUUUUCAAAUGUAGGAUUCAUGGGAAGAAGUGCAGAUUGGGACCAGUGUGACCUUGAAGCGAGUUAUGCCAUGCCCAAGGUUAGUGGUACCUGUACCUGUAUAAAAUUAAGCAUGUGCUUUCUGUGUUUAUACAUACAGAUAUACAUUGCAACCUAAAAAUAAAAGUAUUUAAAGGGACACUAUAGUCACCCAGGCCACUUCAGCUCAAUGAAGUGGUCUGGGUGCCAGGUCCCUCAGGUUUUAACCCUUCACAUGUAAACAUAGUAGUUUUGGAGAACUGUCUUCGUGAGGACACUAUAGUGCUUAGGGCACUAUAGUGUCAGGAAAACCGCUUUGUUUUUCGGACACUAUAGUGAUCCUUUGAUGUUGUGAAAAAAUAUGUGAUAGUGGUAAUUGUAGCAGAGCUGCAAUCCUGAGACCGAAUAUCUCCGCUUGAAUCUUCUGGAGCUGGAAGAAAGCACUGUUUAGUGAUUAUAGCCCAUUCCCCCAGUAACUGGACGACACACAGUUCUGGGAGUCAACUGAGGUUUAUUGUGCCCCAUUCUGCUUUUUAUGCACACACCACCAGCAUAGGGUCUCCAUGGAAAACAGUACAAACCCCUCCCAAGCGUCUCUGUAUCUAGGAGAUAAUUGAGUCAAUGGAAGGCUAACUCAAUUAUCUCCCAUUUACAGGAAACCAUACAAUUUUACACAAAAUACAUCAAAAACAUAUAAAAAAUAUACCGGAACCCCAUAAUCUUAUAUCCCUGAAUAGCCCGGAUUUGGGCUCCCAAGUGGUCCAAAUAGUGCUCAGAUCCAUUUGGUAGAAGGGAAUCGCCAUUCUGAUUAAAUUUUGACCAGCUGGCAACGAGGUGAUGACCCAAAAUAGUUCCAGAGAAUCGAGGGCAACAGCAACGGUGCGAACACCGAUGAAGGCUUCCCCUGGCUCUGAGGGAGUGAAUGCUCCCCCAGUUGGUAGUUCCUAUCUCCCGAACGUCAUUCAUCUAGCUUGUUGGGAAAUUGGACAUACAGCGCUACAAUCUUUGCCAGGAUUUUACAGUGUCCCUUUAAUUCAGCAAAAUCUUUAAAGGCUUACUCCAACUUUUGCCACUAUUAGCCUGUUUAGGCUUACAUUGCUUUAUUAGGCAUUCCUAUUAGGUCCUCACCCCCUUGGAAUUUAAAAAAAAAAAUCUUUAAAGUAAAAAUGUACCUGAAGCUCCUGCUUACAUAUCGCCCUCCUCCAUCUGACGUCACAGGUGUCAUUGUGCUGUCCAAUCACAAGCUUCUCAUAGAAAACCCUGUGAUUGGGCUGUUUCAUUUGUUCAAAGAUACCAAUAUUUUGAUUCUGCUCAGUGAUCAUACAGAAUAAAUAAAUAUUUGGUGACAUAUGUUUAAUCAUGUAUGAAAAAAGCAGCGCAUAAUAUAUGGAUGCCGUAAGCAUAGAGAUGACCCAGAAAUCCAAAAGGAAGUCAUUACUUUAGAUACUGUAUAAACAGGAAGGAACCUAGAAACAAACUUUGGGGUGCAUCAAAUUAAAAAGAUUUGAAGAAGGAGGUUUUGCCUGAAAAAAGACACUGAUAGUGCCACAGGAGAUAAGUAGAUAAAAAAACAGAAUGUAGGGGGUUUUCAGUAGCAGUUGUUGAGUUAUUAGUAGCUAUUGAUAUUUAGUCUGGAAGCUAUUUAAUGGUUCCAUCCUGAAAUUAGCUGGCACUCUUAUCGGAGCAUAUUAUAUCCCAGUCCCUACUGGUACACUACUCUUUGUCUAUCCAUAUUAGUUUUCUAUUUGGGGUUACCCCUUGUUUCCAGUGUACCAGUUUGUAUAUUGGCUCAAUCUCAGUUCUUUUCUUACAGUAGACCACUGUUGGUGAUUAGACCACUGGUUCCUUUCAAGCAGUUUCAGUAGAAUGGCAAAAGUAAAUUUAGUAUAAAUACACAUUACCAUGAGUUUUAUUGCUAUGGAGCUCUGUUAUACACACCAACAAUAUGGAGCUCCUAGUAAAGAGGGACAUUAGGAUAGAAAAGAGGGACAGAGGGGUUUGGGCUCAAAAUAGGGUCCGUACCUGCUAAAUAGGGACACUUUGGAGGUAAUAAUAUCACAUUAAAAUGAAAAUAUAAAAUGUUAUCCAUCACUAAAUGUUUCAUUUUCAAUGGGAUCCAUAGGUGUAUACUGACCACUGUGAAUCCCGACACUGGAGUCAUUGAUAUGAAAGAACCUCUUGAAACCAUGCGCAGGUAUUUAAACUGCUAGUAUAUACGUUACUUAUAACCAUAUUUCUCCAGGUUUAUAUUAUUAAUUUGAUCUUUUUGCUGCAGUUUAUUUUCCUCCUAGUUAAACUAUCAUAAAAAGCCUUCCCUUAAUCCAAUCAAAUCUAUUAUCACCUAAACUCUAGCCUGAACAUAUUGUGUUUGAUUAAAAUCCUAAUUUUCCUUCCUAUGACCAUCUGUCUUCACUUACCAAAUAUUUCUUAAAAUUAUUCAAGACAUUUGAAAAUGUUAUAUCUGAUUAAUUUAGAGAUACAAUAUUUGAAGGAUAAAUCCAGGUCUGGAUAAGGAAGAUCACUCCCAUAACCUACUCUAAAUUAACAAACAAUGUCAGGCUUGACUUUUGGGGUAUACAUUCAAUUGCUUUGGAGGAUAGGGGAAAAAUGUUAUGGGGACAAGACAAGUAAUAUUAAUCCCAUGCCUACCUCUACUGAGGACUGUAGUUAGCUGUGAUUGGGUUUAUACAUGUUUACAAGUUUGGUUAAUUUAAUGAAUGUUAUAAAUGUAAAGUCUAUUUUCUCUUCCCAUAUCCCACAAAACGAAAUAACUCUUUAACUAAAUAACUCAAUCUAGUAUUAGUAUAUAAGCGCACCCAAGUAUAAAAGACCAAAAUAAAUUGCACAAAAACACAAAUAUGUUCAGAUCAGUGUAAGACAUUAAUCUAAAGCCCAGCAACACUCCAUAAAUAAAAUGACAUUCUUUAUUGUACUUUAUAAGUAAUCCCAAAUAUCCCAAAGUUUCAGUUCAACAGCCCUUAAGGGAUCCGAUGAAAAAGGCUGCUGAGCCAAAAUGUCGGGAUAUUUGCCCUCCUGCAUAUUCCUUCAGGUAACACUAUACAUUGACCAGUUUCAUAAGUAUCACAUUUUUUAUUUGUCUACAGUAUUUCUUCCUGUUGUUUUUUUGUUUAGUUUUUUUUGCUUCCAUUGGCUAAUAACUUUGUUUGUCAUGUAUAAUGAAUUUUAAUGUCAUUAUAUUGUGUGACAAUUCUUUAUCAUUCUGAAUUUUACAAUAAAGACUGACUUUAUUAUCAAUGGAGUGCUGCUGUGACUUUAUAUUGCUCCAUUUACACUACACAAAUUCUCACUAGCAGACCCCUCCACCCCACAUACUGCAUUUGCAUGGCCUUUUUUGCAUUUUAACAGCCUUUUGUCUUCUUCCCAGUUAUCGCUUGCAUAAUCCCUUGGACCAAGGUAUCUUCAAAACAUCCCCUUUGUUUGGGCAAUAUGUAAGAAUACAGCAAACUGGCAUUAUUAAAGUUGGCGACCCAGUGUACCAGAUUACAUAUUGAACAUGCACAGAAAGUGACUUUAUUCAAUCGUUAACUCUUCUAUGACAGUGUGCUCUGUGUUUGGUAAAACUCCUGCUCCAAAUUUAACCCCUUAAGGACAUAUGACAUGUGUGACAUGUCAUGAUUCCCUUUUAUUCCAGAAGUUUGGUCCUUAAGGGGUUAAGAUUUGAUUCCCAAUAUUCCAGGAAAGGAGCUGAAAACAAGGAAUGUCCCAGCUCCUCUCCCAACACACCAGUAAUGGGGAGUGGGCUGAAUUAAAGGCAUCAUUAAAGAUAUAGUCCCUUGCUGACGGGGACUAUAACUCCCACUAGAGCAGAGAAGGCUGAGACAUAUAUGUCCUGGUGAAUCUCUAGGAUCCUCUAAAUAUUUAUUCUCAUUGCUGCCAAUCUAUAGGACAAUGGUGCUCCACUUAGUGACAGGCAGAAUAGCACUGUGUAUAUUGUGUAGGUUGCCUAAUUAGGAGUCUGUAUACUUGUCUUGGCAAUGACCGAGAUUAUCUGCUAAUAAUCAUCUUUCCAUCUCAGCGGUGGGCUCGAGGAAAUUAUGGAAAAGCCGUAACUGCCAACAUUGUCUGCCCAACAACCAAUACAGAUGUGGGCAGGCAAGAAGAAAACCUGCCCAGACGGACGGACCCGCCUGUUAAAAUUUUGGGUCUUCCCACCCCUAAAGUGUGUGGCCGAGCUUACUGAGAGUGACAGCCUCACAUUCCCAAACAGACCAUCAGCUGAAGUACUCUGUGCAUGUCCCCUACUGCAUCCUGAAAGCUGCCUGACCUAAUCGCCAUGUUUUGCAAGAACAAGACCUCACAGUUUGGGAUUGUUCUAACAAAAUAGGUAUUGUUGACACCUGUGAAAAACAUGUAGAAAGACACUUUGAUGAUUAAAGAUACAAGUCAUUCUUAGAUUACUCUCUAAAACGUUGCUUUGACCACCCAAGGAGAUCAGUUUACUUUUAGUUAAUUGAUAUAUAUUUGCAUACUAUUAACAUGCUCAGGUUUAAUGGUAUGUUCUACACUGCUUACAGUUCCUGGCACUAACAGACAGGAUUAUUUGGAAUUCCUAUCCUUAUUUGUCUCUUUGUUUAAUCAUUAUUAGCAACCUGCUGCCUUAUAAGCAGAAUAUAUGAUUAUAUGAUACAAAUAAUAAUGUGUGCCAUCAGUUCGGCCCCCUUAUUUUGCAAUAGAUAUAUAAUGUACACAUCAUCCACGUUUCAGUCCUAUCAUGGACUUUUCUCAAGACUUUGAGAAAAGUCCAUGAUAUGACUGGAACAUUGAUAAUCUGUAUGUGGUAUUUGUACACAAAAAAAAUAACAUUUUCUUUACCACAAAGUCCUCCUGAGUGCGCUUUCCUUGAAAUAUAUAUUAAGGCACAGAGCUGCACUGAGGCAAGUACAAGACGGGAGAGUGUGGGGCGAGCCCAUGCUGUAUAUGUAUAUAUAAAUAAUCAGUCCAUCUGUUCAUCCCUCCUAGUACAUAAAGUGCAUGUGCUGAUGGUUGGUAUAACACAGCAUAGAAUAGAUUCUUGACAACAUUUAGAGAGUAACCUAGUGGUAUAGAGAAACAAAGGGCAGCCUGUUCAUUUAUCUGACAUUCUCUGGGAAUCCCAAUCCUUAACUUGUAGCUUGCUUUCUAUGAGACCCAAGACCCAAAGUUAGCUUUUAUUUAUUAUUAUUAUUUAUUACUGCUAUUUAUAAAGUGCCAACAGAUUCCGCAGCGCUGUACAAUUAGUGGAGAAACGUACAAUAUACACAGACAAAUACAAGAGGUAAGAGAGCCUUGCCCGUAAGCUGAUAUCUAGCCAUUGGAGCUCUUUUAUACAAAGUGCUUGGCUAGAUGGCCCGUGAGCUUACACUCUAAAGGAUACUGUGGGGAUUAGAGACAAGAGGUAGCUGGGGAAGUUUGGAGGUGAUGGCUGAAUGAGUUAACAGAGAAGCAGCUAUUGGUAGAUGUUAGGGGAAUGAAGAGGUAAUUGGGUGAGAAUCUCAAACAGCUGGAGGAGCAUGCUAUAUAUUUAGGGGGAGCCUGGGUGGGC